AUGUCCAAGCUGUAUUUCAUAUCUGGAUCGGUUAUUUUAUUCUUUUUCGUUUCAUGCAACACUUUAACGCAAGGUGUUAUCGUUUCAAAAGAAAAUGAAUUAGAUGUAACGUUGCAAUCAAUUAAUCAGGUGUUAAAUUUUUUGGAGGAUUACAUCGAUGAGCUUAAUUUGGACGCGUUUUUUGGAAUUACCCUCGCUUUAUCUCAAAUCGAGCAAUCUUUACCAAACGUUCCUUGGAUGUAUGAGUCAGCAUUUAAUUCAUUCAGAAUACGAUGUCAAAACUUAAUAAAUCUUUUUAAAGAAAAUUCUAUGGGAGGCAGCGGUGAAUACAAUUUUUUAUUUAAAAAUACUUUGUUGGAACCGAAAUUAUGGUACAAGUCAGUUUCAUUCAAAUCAGGAUUACUAAAAGAUUUCGGAUUACAUUCUAAUUGGACAGUUGAUGAUGUCAUGAAAAAUAAAUCUUCAUCUUAUCAUGGUUUAUCUUCGGAUCAGUGUUUAGCUGAAAUAUUAGAAAAUGAUUGCGAAAUUGGAAGUGAAUGUUCGGUAUUGAUGUUAGAAAAUCGAAAUGACACACUUUACGUGAUUACGCAUAGAUUAUUGUUUAUGCAAUUGUUUCGUGGAAUAAGAUGUGGUCUUAAAGAGUCAAUAAGUAUAUAUAUAGAAAAAUUUUGUUCUUUAAUUUGGAGGGAUGCAAAAACGUUGGAGUAUCUUAAUUUUCCCAAUACCGAUUUAUUUUUAGAGCAACUUUUACUUUGCGGGAUGGAGGGAUACGGGGAAUUCCUUAUUGAGAGAUGGCGAAGUAAACCGAUAAUUUGGCAAACUGAGAAUGGUUGUUAUAAAGAUUCCUUAGAGUUAAAAAAUCAAAAAUAUAGAAGAACGGCGAAUGUGAUCGAGUUUGGUUGCAUAGACCACACAACUGGGCUUGGUUUAGCGACCCUCAGUCUUAACGCGCGAUACUUAACGUACACAAUGAAAAAUCUAUAGAAUAUGUAAAGUGUCUGUUUUGAGAUUUGCAUGCUUCAAAACUUGUCAUGUAUACAAGGAAAUAAAUUAUAUACCAAACUCUUUUAA